UAGAGGCGGGACCAGCCGCCGCCGUCUCCGUCUCGCCACCACGGCCCCCACACACCCCGCAGUCACCGCGGGAGGAGCGGAAGCCGCCGGCCUCGCCCGUCCAGAGCCGCGCCGGCCCCCGAGCGCUGAGGACCCGCGGCCACCUCUCUCCGGCCCGACCCCUCCCGAGCGUGCCCCGCGCCCCCGCCCCGGCCCGAGCGCGCCCACCUGAGCCGGCGCCAUGGCGGAGCAGGAGAGCCUGGAAUUCGGCAAGGCGGACUUCGUGCUGAUGGACACCGUCUCCAUGCCCGAGUUCAUGGCCAACCUUAGGCUCAGAUUUGAGAAAGGACGCAUCUACACAUUCAUUGGAGAAGUGGUCGUUUCUGUGAACCCCUACAAGGUGCUGAACAUCUAUGGAAGGGACACAGUCGAGCAGUAUAAAGGUCGUGAGCUGUAUGAGAGACCUCCUCAUCUUUUUGCUAUUGCUGACGCUGCUUACAAGGCUAUGAAGAGGCGAUCAAAAGACACCUGUAUUAUGAUAUCAGGGGAAAGUGGAGCUGGUAAAACAGAGGCCAGUAAGUAUAUCAUGCAGUAUAUCGCCGCCAUCACCAACCCCAGCCAGAGAGCAGAGAUAGAAAGAGUGAAGAAUAUGUUGCUGAAGUCAAACUGUGUUUUGGAAGCUUUUGGAAAUGCCAAAACCAAUCGAAAUGACAAUUCAAGCAGGUUUGGAAAAUACAUGGAUAUCAACUUCGACUUCAAGGGAGACCCUAUUGGGGGGCAUAUCAGUAACUACUUGUUGGAAAAGUCUCGUGUGAUUGUGCAACAGCCGGGGGAACGAAGCUUCCAUUCUUUUUAUCAGCUGCUCCAGGGAGGUUCUGAGCAGAUGCUGCACUCUCUACACCUGCAGAAGUCCCUCUCCUCCUACAACUACAUCCGUGGAGGGGCACAGCUGAAGUCUUCCAUCAAUGAUGCUGCAGAGUUCAAAGUCGUAGCCGAUGCCAUGAAAGUAAUUGGAUUCAAACCUGAGGAGAUUCAAACAGUAUAUAAAAUUCUGGCUGCUAUUCUUCACUUGGGAAAUUUAAAAUUUAUAGUAGAUGGUGACACGCCACUCAUUGAGAAUGGCAAGGUUGUGUCUGUCAUAGCAGAAUUGCUCUCUACUAAGACAGACAUGGUGGAGAAAGCCCUUCUUUACCGGACGGUGGCCACAGGCCGUGACAUCAUCGACAAGCAGCACACGGAACAGGAAGCUAGCUACGGCAGAGACGCCUUUGCCAAGGCAAUAUAUGAGCGCCUUUUCUGUUGGAUUGUUACUCGCAUCAAUGACAUUAUCGAGGUCAAGAACUACGACACCACGAUUCAUGGGAAAAACACUGUUAUUGGUGUAUUGGAUAUCUAUGGCUUUGAAAUCUUUGACAACAACAGCUUUGAACAGUUCUGCAUUAACUACUGCAACGAGAAACUGCAGCAGCUGUUUAUUCAGCUGGUUCUGAAGCAGGAGCAAGAAGAGUACCAGCGGGAAGGCAUCCCUUGGAAACAUAUUGAUUACUUCAACAACCAGAUCAUUGUGGAUCUUGUGGAGCAGCAGCACAAGGGCAUCAUUGCAAUCCUGGACGAUGCUUGUAUGAAUGUUGGCAAAGUCACCGACGGAAUGUUCCUCGAGGCCCUGAACAGUAAAUUGGGCAAACAUGGUCAUUUUUCCAGCCGAAAGACCUGUGCCUCGGACAAAAUCCUAGAGUUUGAUCGGGACUUUCGAAUCCGGCAUUAUGCAGGUGAUGUAGUCUAUUCUGCCAUUGGUUUUAUUGACAAAAAUAAAGAUACUUUAUUUCAAGAUUUCAAACGCCUCAUGUAUAACAGUUCAAAUCCUGUGCUGAAGACGAUGUGGCCUGAAGGCAAACUGAGCAUUACUGAGGUAACCAAGCGACCUCUGACUGCUGCCACCUUGUUUAAAAAUUCUAUGAUUGCUUUAGUAGACAACCUUGCUUCAAAGGAACCAUACUAUGUACGUUGCAUCAAACCCAACGACAAGAAGUCCCCACAGAUAUUUGAUGAUGAGCGCUGCCGCCAUCAGGUGGAAUACCUUGGAUUACUGGAGAAUGUAAGAGUGCGCCGGGCAGGGUUUGCGUUCCGCCAGACCUAUGAGAAAUUUCUCCACAGGUACAAGAUGAUCUCUGAAUUCACUUGGCCUAACCAUGACCUUCCUUCAGACAAAGAGGCUGUUAAGAAACUCAUAGAACGGUGUGGCUUUCAGGAUGACGUAGCUUAUGGGAAGACCAAAAUUUUCAUUCGAACACCCCGUACGUUGUUCACCUUGGAAGAACUCCGUGCCCAGAUGCUCGUGAGGAUUGUCCUCUUCCUACAAAAGGUGUGGCGUGGCACCCUGGCCCGAAUGCGGUACAAGAGGACCAAGGCCGCUCUGACAAUAAUCAGGUACUACCGGCGCUAUAAAGUGAAAUCGUACAUCCACGAGGUGGCCAGACGCUUCCACGGUGUCAAGAACAUGAAAGACUACGGGAAGCAUGUGAAGUGGCCAACCCCACCAAAAGUCCUGCGCCGUUUUGAGGAGGCUCUGCAGUCGAUUUUUAAUAGAUGGAGAGCAUCCCAACUCAUCAAGACCAUACCUGCUUCAGACCUUCCCCAGGUCAGGGCAAAGGUUGCAGCCAUGGAAAUGUUGAAAGGUCAAAGGGCAGACCUUGGGCUGCAGAGGGCCUGGGAAGGCAACUAUCUUGCUUCGAAGCCAGAUACACCCCAGACCUCAGGCACUUUCAUGCCAGUUGCUAAUGAACUGAAACGCAAGGACAAAUAUAUGAACGUCCUCUUUUCCUGUCAUGUCCGAAAGGUGAAUCGAUUUAGCAAGGUAGAAGACCGAGCAAUUUUUGUCACUGACCGUCACCUAUAUAAAAUGGACCCUACUAAGCAGUACAAAGUGAUGAAGACUAUCCCUCUGUACAAUUUGACUGGUCUGAGUGUCUCCAAUGGAAAGGACCAGCUUGUAGUGUUCCAUACAAAAGACAACAAAGACCUCAUUGUCUGCCUCUUCAGCAAACAGCCAACCCAUGAGAGUCGAAUUGGAGAACUUGUUGGAGUCCUGGUGAAUCAUUUCAAGAGUGAGAAGCGCCACCUUCAAGUGAACGUCACCAACCCGGUGCAGUGCAGCCUGCAUGGGAAGAAAUGCACCGUCUCUGUGGAGACACGGCUCAAUCAGCCACAGCCUGACUUCACCAAGAACCGCUCAGGCUUCAUCCUCAGUGUGCCGGGGAACUGACUGCUGCACAUCGGAGGCCUGGCACAAGGCCGGCCGGGCCCUUAGCCUCUCCAUCCCACACAUGUUCCGCCUCGCUCAGCAUCCCAAGAGCCCAGCUAAUUGCUGUAUGCCCUCUACUACCACUAGAAAUCAGCUUGCAAGGGCCUCCACUGGGCAGGGCUCCUUCCCUGAAGCCCCCUGCUCAUGAGGUGUCCUGCCUGGCUCUCUGUCCCUGCCUCUGUUCUUGCAAAUGUCCAUAGUCCCUGCUCAGGAAACCAAAGUCCCUCUGCAGCCUCCUGGGCUGACAGCUAGACCACUUCUCACCUCACAGGCAACUGGAUAGCACCUGCAGUUGGCCAAGGGCCAGUGACCACUGCUGACCCAGCAGAGGGAUGGGUGGCCCAGAGCACAGAACAGUUCUCCAGCCAAACACACAUUCUCCUAGAGCUUUGGAUCCAGUGUCUGUGAGCAGAGGACUAGCCCUGCUCUGGGACCUCCACCUCAUGCCUGCCUUCCCCCACAUAUCGCAGCCCUCGGGACCUAGCUCGGAGCCCCUCGGCACAAGCCGAACCCCUAGCAGCCAGCCAAAGGCAACAGGUGGACAGGUUGCCUGUGAAGCCCAUCCCUCAGCAUGUUCAGCCAGGGGUGGGGGUGGGGGUGGGGUAUGGGGGUGUCUCUCCUUCCAGAGCUGGCCCUGGGAGAUCUUUUGCCACCAAGGUCCCAGGCCUAGACUUCCUGACCACUUCUCCUAUAGAGACCCUGCUGCUGCGGCCACUCAAGAACCAGUUAUCUCAACCUCCUUUGUGCAGAUGCCAGGCUGCUAAGCAGAUGUCCCCUCCGCUCUGACCAUACUGUCAGGACCUAGUAAGGAGGUGCAAAGAGAGGGCAGGACUCAGCUAGGCCCCUUCCCUAACUCCUCUAGCUGUGCCGCCUCCUCACUGGAGAACCCGGACUCGUGGGGAGCCAAAGUACACGGGACCCAGCUGUGGGAGGCGGAAGAAAGCUGCAGCAAAGAGCGUGGAGUCCUGGCACUGCAGGCCAGGCCAGGGUGCCCACCUAUGCACAUACCUGCCUGCUGGAGCCUGGCCCCUGGGCCCCACUGGAAAGAGCUGCCAGUUUGCCAGUGUCUGCCCAGCAAAGAGCAGGCCUGUUUCAGAGGCCUUCCUGAGACCCCUGCUCGCUGCCUCAGCCGCCGAGGAGGAGGAGGAGGAGGAGGCCGUGAGCAGUGCAGGCUUGCUAUGAGAGCAAAACAUGCAAGGCUGGGGGCAGCCAGCCAGCAGGAGUGGCGCGGCUUACAGAGCCAGGCCCACAUUUUCUUCACUUUCCGCCAGACUCUGCCCCUGAAUCCUCACCUUGCCACCCUAACCCACCAAGUGCCUGUGUGCCACCUCCCGUGCCUUGCCCAGGGCCUGAGGGAGUCACCUGGCUGACCAAGGUGGUUCCGGCCACCCGGCCUCAUAACCCCUUUUGCAGAGCUGUGGGCCUUUUUCACUGCGGGCAGUUUGUCCUCGGGAAACUUUUCUUCCUCCCAGCGUGGUCAGCUGCCUGUGCAGGGCAGGGGUGCUGCCAGCCAGGCUGCCAAUCGCCUGGAACUUCACCUCUCCUUCCCACUUGCUGCCCGUGUGUCGCUUUACACUAGAUAUACUUGCGUGUGUUCAUGCACACCAAAGCAGGUCAUGCCAAAAGAGUAGCGGUCAGAGGCAGUGGGUGGGGCUCCUCUCACCUCCUGAUGUAGCCCGGGACCCCCUGACCCAGGCCAGACCCUUCCACUGAGGAACUGCCCUGUCCACAAGCACUUUCUUAGGACCUAAAAGUCCGUGUGUGGCCACUGAAGGGCCUGGAACUUGGGGUGUGAAUGAGCACAGUUCGGGGAAAAGACAGGAUACAGUGAUUGUAUGCAUGGAGUGGGGGCUCUCGAUUCUAUGGUUGGUGCAUAUAUUCCUAUUUUCCAUUAAAUUAACUUUAUUUCUAAAGCAUAUUUUGAUUUACCAUCAAGAGCAAUAAAGCAUUAAAUCUUA